CGACUUCAACCAAAAAUCAACAAUUCUAACUAUAAUUCGACGUUGAUUUAACGUCGUGUGCUAUCUGGGAACUAUGUCUACUUCAAUAUGCGCAGGAUCUGACGUGGAAGCUGUAAGACUGAAAUGUCCCAGCGAACUUGAACGCUUCAAAUAACGGCACAGUGUGCGGAGGUUGCAGCAGCAUCAGCAAACAGCAUCUAAGCGUGGACAGUAUCAUGCACGGGGUCUCCGAGGCAGGUCUACUGGGCUGCUUCUAAACAGCAAAGUAGAAACGAAAAAGUGGAAGGAAGAAAAGAUGGAUUCCAUCUCUAUGAAAGGGUGCACAAGGAGCCCUGUGUUCCUCACAGCUUCUUCCUCACACUUCAGCCACCCACCAGCUUGUAUGUUCCACUGCAACAAACCUGCAGAUUCAGGACCUUCCUGCCUUGCCCCGACCACAGUGGCUGUCCUUGGGUCAGGUGACUUCUCCAAGAGCAUCACCAUUCGCUUACUUCGUUGUGGCUUCAAGGUGGUGAUAGGCAGCCGCCGUCCCAAACUGGCCUCUCAUUUCUUCCCACAUGUGGUUGACGUGUCACACUAUGAGGAUGCCAUCAAGAAAUCUAACAUUCUGUUCUUGGCUAUCCAUCGAGAACACUACUCGGUGUUAUGGGACCUCAAGCAUCUCUUGGCAGGAAAGGUCCUUGUUGAUGUGAGUAACAAUCGGAGAGUGAACCAGUAUCCAGAAUCGAAUGCUGAAUAUCUGGCUUCACUGCUGCCAGACUCUGUCGUGGUUAAAGGCUUCAACAUUAUCUCUGCCUGGGCCAUGCAGCAGAUCUACCCAAAAGAUGCCAGCACCCAGGUCUUCAUCUGCAGUGACUCGAUAAAGGCUCGCCAGCUGAUCAUGGAAUUGGCACGCCAGCUCAACUUCCAGCCUGUGGAUAUGGGUCCCCUGUCUUUGUCCCGUUACAUCGAGAACAUCCCUGUCCAGUUAUUCCCUGGAUGGAAGGGCCCUGUCCUUGCUGCUGUUGCCCUCUCCAUCUUCUUUUUUGGUUAUUCUUUUGUACGUGAUAUAAUUCACCCAUAUGUGAAGCACAAGCAGAGUGACUUCUAUAAGAUUCCCAUAGAGAUAGUGAAUCACACCUUGCCCACUGUUGCCAUCACUCUCUUGGCCCUGGUGUACCUGGCUGGCCAGCUGGCUGCAGCACACCAGCUUUACUAUGGAACCAAGUACAAGCAGUUCCCUCAUUGGUUGGAAAGCUGGCUACAGAGCAGGAAACAACUGGGUCUGAUCAGCUUUUUCCUGGCUGCUGUCCACAUUCUCUACAGCCUCUCUCUGCCCCUGAGAAAGUCUGAGAGGUACCUGCUACUCAACACCGCCUACCAGCAGGUUAGUACUGAAAAGAUGGCCAUGUAAGAUGAACUUUCUUUUGGAGAACAUGACAUUUUUGUCUAAAUCUUUUAUGGUGCUACGCACAUCAAAAAAACCUCUGACACUUAAAGUUCAAUGCGUGUGCACUUUGAAUGCAGGCGCUUGACAUUUUGCUCUACAUCUAGCGUUUCGGGCGUCAGGUUUACAUUCAAAGUCUAUGUGGAGGCACGUCCAGGGCACGUCUGACGCAUCAAAAUAGCUCUGGUUGUUGUUUUUUAUU